AUGUCGACAGUAGAAGCAGCCGCCUUCGCUCCUGGACUUCCGUCCGCCCAGCGCGUUCCUAGCAAGGCUGCGCUGACCAACCUUCACAUGGGCAAGAACAUCUACGAGAAGAAGGAUAUCGUCAAGCAGGUUUCCGAGGACCUCGCCAGCUCUCAGUUCAUCUUCUCCACGGAAAUGAAGCAGAUCACUGUCCCCCAGAUCCGUGAGCUUCGCUGGAGUCUCCCGGAGGACUCUAAGGCCUCCUGCAUCAAGAACCGCCUCCUCAAGGAUGCGGCUAAGGGAUCGGACAACCUCUGGGUGUUCGUUGGAAGUGACAUCAAG